AUGGCUCCGCGAGGAAAGCAGCCCCAGAAGACUGCGAAGCCAACAGGCCAGAGCGACAGCAUCACCAAACCCAAACCGCAGGCGCCUAAUUGGCCACCGUUGACUCCUCUGAUCCCAGCGGAGCACCUCUCUCUUGAGACCCGAUGGCCGAGCCUGGUUCUUCUUGUUCGAAACUUGUUCACCUCCAGCCUGUGCAAAAACUAUGUGUCAUUCCUGUCCUCGUUACCCUUGACUACGACGCCGGGGAAGCCCAAGCGUGGACAGGCAGCCCGAGUCAAUGACCGCUUUCAAGUCGAGGACCCGGUCUUUUCUAAAAUGCUCUGGGAGCACAGCGGACUUCAAUACCUGGUAGACUCAUUCGAAGACCCGGCUACCUUCGGAGGCAAGGUCCUCGGUCUGAACCCAAACAUAAGAGUGUACAGAUACCGGCCAGGCCAGUUUUUCGACCUACAUUAUGACGAGAGUAACAAGCUAGAGUUUGGCGAGGUGAAAGUUCCGGCGAAGACCACCUGGACCCUUCUGAUCUAUCUGACAGCCUGCGAAGGUGGUGAGACUGUCUUCUACCCAGAGCCUCGCAGGAAGGGCGAUAAGACACCGGAUCCCAUCGUGGUUGAACCCGAGACUGGCAUGGCUCUUCUCCACAAGCAUGGAGAUGACUGUUUGCUCCAUGAGGGUAGAGAAGUCAAGAGUGGCGAGAAAUGGGUUCUGAGAUCUGAUCUCGUGGUGCAGAGGUGA